UUCAGAGGGUCUGUCGCUGCAAAAAAUGUCUAGUGGUGCCUUAAAGAGCCUGAUACCAGGACAUUAUGAAGAAAUUGAAAUCUCUGAGACCAGCGUCAACAAUGGUCCGGAGCACAUUGGGCCUCACUGCUUUGAGCUCCUUCGUGUUUUGGGCAAGGGUGGCUAUGGCAAGGUGUUCCAGGUACGGAAAGUGCAGGGAACCAACGCUGGGAAGAUUUUUGCCAUGAAAGUCCUAAAGAAGGCCAAGAUUGCCCGCAAUGCCACGGACACGGCCCACGCGAAGGCUGAGAGGAGUAUCCUGGAGGCCAUCAAGCACCCCUUCAUCGUGGACCUCAUCUACGCCUUCCAGACUGGUGGCAAACUCUACCUCAUCUUGGAGUGCCUCAGUGGUGGGGAGCUCUUCAUGCAGCUGGAGCGAGAAGGCAUCUUCCUGGAGGACACAGCCGGUUUCUAUCUGAGCGAGAUCACCCUGGCCUUGGGCCAUCUGCACUCCAGUGGCAUCAUCUACCGGGAUCUCAAGCCUGAGAACAUCAUGUUGAGCCACCAGGGGCACAUCAAACUGACAGACUUUGGGCUUUGCAAGGAGUCCAUCCAUGACGGGGCUGUCACCCACACCUUCUGCGGCACAAUAGAGUACAUGGCCCCAGAGAUACUGAUGCGCAGCGGCCACAACCGGGCAGUGGACUGGUGGAGCCUUGGUGCCCUGAUGUAUGACAUGCUCACUGGAUCGCCUCCUUUUACGGCCGAGAAUCGCAAGAAGACCAUUGACAGAAUUCUCAAGGGAAAGUUGGUGCUACCCCCCUACUUGACACCCGACGCCCGUGACCUGCUGAAGAAGUUCCUCAAGAGAAAUCCCAGUCAGAGGAUUGGGGGUGGCCCUGGUGAUGCUGCAGAUGUGCAGAGGCACCCGUUCUUUCGACACAUCAACUGGGAUGACCUGCUGGCCAGGAGAGUUGACCCACCCUUCCGGCCCCCUCUGCAAUCUGAGGACGAUGUCAGCCAGUUUGACACCCGCUUCACUCGCCAGACGCCGGUGGAUAGUCCUGACGAUGGCUCCCUCAGCGAGAGUGCCAACCAGGCCUUCUUGGGAUUCACUUACGUGGCCCCAUCGGUGUUGGAGAGCAUCAAGGAAGGCUUUUCCUUCCAGCCCAAGCUGCGAUCGCCACGUCGUCUCAACAGCAGCCCCCACACACCUGUCAGCCCAGUGAAGUUUUCACCCUUUGAGGCCUUCAGACCAAGCACAACUGUGGAAAUGAUGGAGCUGCCAUCCCCUCCCCUCGUGCCUGUGCCAGAGGUCACUGCCUCCCUGCCCAUCAAGACACCAUCAGGCACCAAGAAGCAGAAGCAAAAGGGAGGUCGGGGGAGGGCACGGUAGCUGGGCCAAUCAGGAAGUAACUGGGCUGCCUGCCUGUCUGCCUGCCUCCCCAGGGGGCACUGCUCUCUGCUGGCUGGGCGGAGCUGGGCAGGGAGUAGAGCUGGCCCACAGGGCCCUUUGAGCCCAGGCGAGGAGCACGUGGUCUUCCUCUUGCAAGGGCCUUCCUCCCCUCCCAGCUGCAAAGGCCUGUGGUGCUGCUGCUGUUUCCCUGUGGUGGGGAACGAUCUUUACAUGAGGUGCUUUCGAUUCAGCCUGUAUCAUGAAUCAUGAUGGGAGUGGACAAAGCUUGGGGUGCAGAAAGGGCCCGUCGCAAGGCAGCUGCCCACAGCUGGGUAUGCCUGCCCCCCUCUAGCAGUGUGCGUUGGGACCCGAAGGGCUUUGCCAGGGGAUCGCAGUUGGGGGGCUGGGGGCUGGAUUCCCUCACUGCUGCUGUGUCUGUGUCAGAGGUUUGGCAUUUAGCAGGCAAGGGAAUGAGCCCCUUUGCCACUGGUGCCUGGAAAGGAACUCGCCCUCUUCAUGGGUCUUUAUCCGUCUCCUUUCCCCAGAAGACACCAGGGGCCAAAGAGAGCUGUUGCCCCUCCCCACUUGACGUGUGCCGGAUGGGCAGUACAAGCAAGGUCCUCUCCAACGACCCACCUGGCGUCUCAUCUCUCUAUAUUCUGGGCUGUGAAUGAAUCCCAGUUAAAAGCACACCCUUGUGGCCUUAACAGGAUUGAUACAUCCUUUCAUGCCCUGCUGGAAUGAAGAUUGUUUGCGAUUAUGAGGGAUUACUGUAUUGCGCCUUUAUUCAACCAGUCGCCCCCCUACGGAAACCCCCCCGGGGCUCUUUUGCUCAGUGAUAAGGGUCCCAAGAUCACUCUAGCAAUUGCAAGGUUUGUCUCAGUCCUUUUAGCCCUUGCCUCUAAAAAAUAAGAAAUAUGUGUUUUCUGCCACUCAGUGAGCUUCUAAGGGCCCAAAAGGGAAGGGAAGUCAAAAGCCUACCAGUCGCUGUAGAGACCCAUCAGCACUCUUGUGAUCUGUAGACUCUACAUUCGGCAGGCCAAGAUUUGUCUUCUGUGGGAUCAUGUAGGCUAAGCCAGAACUUUAGCUCCUAGCCCACCUGCCUCCCCCUCCUCUACUAGCAGGCAAGGAGCGCUCGUAACGGCAUCCUGCUGCAUGAGUUGUCACAAGCCCUUUCUUCCCUUGUCCAGAUACGUAUGCGAUAACGGUCUCGUGCUCUCAGUUGGUCCCUGCUACAUUUGCUGCUGUAUGUAAGCAGCGGUUUUCUAGACUUGCUGUUUUGUGCUUUUCUCCUCAUUGGAGUCCCUUCUAGCCUUUAUGAGCACCCGGGAGCUCUGGUUUUUUCCCCUGGUAUUUUGUGAUGUCUUCCAGUAGGUGUGAUUAUAGAAGCAGUUGGAUUUAGAUGGCACAGUGAGGUCGGAGACUUGAACCUCCCUUGUAACACAUCCCAAGCAGCAAUCUAUUUUAUUUGCCCCCAUCUUCAGGAACAGAAGAGUCCAGCAAAACAGCCUGUGUGAUGUUAGUUUGCAGGCCUUUGCUCAGGGAAGUUGUGAGCUCCACUUCAUACUCCUGCUGGGGGUUAAAUCUAUCUAAAUUGUAGCUCUGGUUCCCUUUAUUUAUAGGAAUCCAAGAAAGCUUACAUUGAUGUAACCUUAAAGCAAAGCAGUUUGCUGGCCUACAUUCUGGGAGUCACUAGGUGCUCUACUUUCAGCCUCGUUUGCAGUGAAGUAGAGGGCUUCUCUUGGUUGCCCAUCUGGCCAGGGCUGCCAAGGAUUGUGGAAGGAGAAAUCGGGAGCUGAUGAUGGCUGUCUGUUAGAUUGGCUUGUUCACAGUACUUUGUAUUAUCAUCAUCAUCAUCAUCAUCAUCAUUAAUUUAUGAAUUGCCCCAUCCGUGCUGUUGCAGGGCUCUGGGCGAUGUACAUAGAAUUAAAAACAGUCAACAAAUGAAACAAUCGAACAUAUGAAGUUACAUUGAAAAACAGAUGGCGAAUCGUAUCUUAGAGGUAAUCCCCCCCCCCCCUUACAGGCUCUGCUGCCUGUUUUCUGGGCAGGGGGGAAGGGGUCAGAACGAGGAUGGGGAGCUGAGGAGGGGGCCAGCCGAGGUGGAAACAGUCGCUGCCCUCAACCAAAAGCCUGGCGGAACAUCUCUGCCUUGCGGGCCCUGCGAGAACCGCACGAGGUCCCGCAGCAGGGCCCUGGUGUUGUUUGGCAGACAGUUCCACCCGGUUGGGGCCAGGACUGAGAAGGCCCUGGCCCUGGCCCUGGUCGAGGACCGCCGGAUGUCCUUGGGGCCCGGGGAUCCCCCGCGUGUUGUUAUCCGAGUAGCGCAACGCCCUUCCAGGGACAUAACAGAGGAGAUGGUUCCGUACAUACGUUGGUCUCUGACUGCUCAAGGCCUUAUAGGUCGAAACCAAAAUCUUGAACGUCACUCGGUUUUCCACUGGAAGCCAGUGUAGCUGACGCAGCACUGGAUGGAUAUGUCCUGUCCGUAAUGUUCCCAUCAGGACUCGCACCGCCGUGUUCGGGAUCAGUCUCUAGGGCAGGCCAGCAUAAAGUAAGUUGCGGCAGUUUAGCCUGGUGGUGGCUGUGGCAUGGAUUACCGUGGCGAGGUCUGGGCGUGACAGGAAGGGGGCCCGUUGCCGAACCUGUUGCGGAUGGGAAAAGGCCCGUUUGGCGAUCUGCAUGAUCUGGGCCUCCGUAUUCAAGGAGUCACCCAAGAUCACUCCCAGCCUCCUGAGGGAUUGUGCCGGUGUUAGUGGCACUCUGUCAGGGGCAGGUAAACUGCGCCCUGACCCUGAAGCCCCCUUCCCCAGCCACGGAACCCCCGUCUUAACUGAAUUCAGUUUCAGCCUGCUCUGUUUCAACCACCCAGCCACAGCCUCCAAACCCCUGGUGGAAUCCGGGUGGCUGGGGUGUCGUCAGUGUACUGGUGACACCCUAGCCUGAAACUCCGCAUCAGUUGGGCGAGGGGGCACAUAUAGCUG